ACGCAGCGCGUUCUCUCUGCCUCUGACGUGGCUGCCGGGGUCCGCCAUCUUGUGCCGUACAAACCAACGCCUCACAGAACCGCAGGAAGGACGAGAGAGCGCGAGGUUGGGAGGCCAGCACAUACUGGGCGGCACUGAGAGCGGCUGAGAGAGGUGAAAGAGCGGCUUCAGCUUGUGAUUGUGCAGCCGAGGAGUUAGGGAGGUGGGUAAGGUCGAUGAUGCACCUGGUGGUCUGAAUGGGAAUCGGGCCUGAUCGGUGUUUAGCGUCGGCCUGUGGGUUUUAUCUUCCACUCUUAAUAACCUCAUAUUUCCAAUAUGGGGAAUGUAUUUGCCAAUCUCUUCAAAGGCCUUUUUGGCAAGAAGGAGAUGCGUAUUCUCAUGGUGGGUCUGGAUGCGGCUGGAAAGACUACCAUUUUGUACAAACUGAAGCUGGGGGAAAUAGUAACAACAAUUCCAACAAUAGGCUUUAAUGUUGAAACCGUAGAAUACAAGAACAUCAGUUUCACAGUGUGGGAUGUUGGUGGUCAGGAUAAGAUUAGACCUCUGUGGCGUCACUACUUCCAAAACACACAAGGUUUGAUCUUUGUGGUGGACAGUAAUGAUCGUGAGCGAGUGAACGAGGCCAGGGAAGAGCUUAUGAGAAUGUUGGCAGAAGAUGAACUCCGCGAUGCUGUUUUACUAGUAUUUGCUAACAAACAGGACUUGCCCAAUGCCAUGAAUGCAGCAGAAAUUACAGACAAGUUAGGCCUGCAUUCCCUGCGCCAUAGGAACUGGUAUAUCCAGGCAACAUGUGCUACUAGUGGAGAUGGGCUUUAUGAAGGACUCGACUGGUUGUCCAAUCAGCUCCGAAACCAGAAAUGAAGCCUGCAUCCUUAUUGGUUGUUUUGUUUUUGUCUUCCCCUGUUCAUGCCUUCCUUAUUCCUCCUCCCCCUAUGCUUUUCUCUGAUGUGGCAGUUUGUGCUACUUUGCGCUAUUGAGUGCCGGAAUCAGUCCAUUUUCUCCUCCCCGUAUUGCACCGCGCUGUAAAUGUGGGAGAGAAGCGCCCUCUAACAGUUCGGUGUCUUAUUUAAUGUAAAUAGUUUGUUUCCAAUGAGGCAGUUUCUGGCACUCCUAUGCAAUACUACCCGAAAUUUUUUUAACUUCUCAAAAUCACCACUUCAUACUGGAAGGGGCAUACGCAGAAAAAAAAAAAAAAGUCCCAUCUGCUGCUGCGCCCCACCGCAGGAAUCGAGUACACCGCUCGUUUUUAAAGUAACAGUAGAUCAUUUUCCAAUCGGUUUACCUUUACGCUUGGUUAGCGGAAGUUGAUUGGUCCUCUCUUCCGUGCAGUUAUCAGGGUGGGGCAGGGCAAUCUACUGUAUCCCAGCCGGCACUAAAGGAGUUAAUUUGCCGAGUUACCAUUGAGCAGGGCUUUAAACGUAUUUAACCUCUGCUGCUAGAGGGCUUGUUGUGAUGUUACAUGACAGGAGUUAAACUCAGUGAUUCCUUUUCUUUGCAUGGUUACAGUGCGGGUCCAUGGAAUUGCUUUGUCACUGGAUCUGCCUGCGUUUUAUAGCUUCUCUGCUUGUGCUCAAGUGAAGACUAAGACCAUUUAUUAAGCCGAGAGUGUAAAUAAAGUGGCCAUUUUUCAUUGUUGGCCGUCACACUGGAACAAAAGACACUUUUUUUUCUUUUAAAUUACUUUCCAGACUGAACUUUCCCAAUGCUGUUUCUUGCUAGUGGAUUGCAUUCGUUGGCCUUUCCUUCUUGAUGGGGUUUUCACGUCGUAUCAUAAAUCUGCCCCCUUUUUUUGGGGCCAACUGUAAGAAAUCGUCCUGCUGCAUAGGGUACUUUUAAAUGGGUUGUUCACCUUCUAACUCUUUUUUCAGUUCAGUUGGUUUCAGAAAUAAAGUUUUCCAAUUAUUUUGUAUGUGUGACUGUUUUUCUAAUAUUCAAGUGUAAAAUUUUAUUUUUCAUCUUUCUAAAGCUGCUGUGGGAGGGAGUGGGUUGCUGAUAGUGAUGUGCGAGUCGACAAUUUCUCGACCCGACCCUGAACCUAUAAAUUCCGAUGCCGGAAGUCGGCAGUACUAGGUCGCGGGCGGGGAGAGCAGGAGAAGGCUCUGCCUGCGACCAGAAGAUUUUGUUCAGGAGUCUGCCCGACCCCUGCGGGUUUCGGGUCGGCCCACACAUCACUAGUCGCUGACUCUCUAAACUGUUCUAAAUUGAUAUAUUUCUUAUGUUUGUCCCUGCUGAGCAGAAUCCCUGGGUUUCAUUAAAGGCAGCUGUUAGAAUUAAUAAAAUAGUUAAUAUUUCCAGAGAUGCUGCUGAGAAUUUUAUCAACUUUUUUAAAUUUAGGAUUUGGAAAACGGUGGAAAGUGAUUUCUGGAGAACAAUCUGAAAACAACUGGAAAAGGUGUUUGGCAGCUGAACAAUCCCUUUAAUGCAUUUGAUGCUUCAUCUUCACAUUUGUUAAGGUGGCCAUAGACAUCGAGAUCCGCUCGUUUGGCGAUGUUGAUCAUUUAUCGACAUUGAGGUGGGCGAUAUCGGCCCUAGUGCCCAACGAUCGGAUCAUAAUGGAUCCGAUACGGGCAGUUGGAGCGCAUAAACGCAUAGAUGUGGCCCCGAUCGGAUGGCCCCACACCUGGUCUUUUAUCAGCCCAUGUAUGGGACUUUUAGUCUUGGAACUAGGGUUGCCAUCCGGACUAGCGGAAUUAGGGUUGCCAUCCGGACUAGCUGGUAAAACACCUGCCGGGGCUGGUAUUACAAGUUUACCGGCAAUGUAGCUGCAUGUAAAUUUGUAAUACCCUUAACAAGACCCCUUGGCCCGCCCCCAAUCGCCUGGAAACGUAACUUUUUUUGUGCUCCUCCUGGCGAUCUGUGCAGCGUGGCCCCACCCCUUUUACAUCACAUCACCGCCCCUUUUGUUCCCAACCCCGUCAGCCGGUAAAAAUUUUAGGAAAAGGUGGCAACCCUACUUGGAACCCAUGUAGGAAACAGGCUUGACGGAUGAAAUCAGCGGGCUAGUGGGCAUACGAGCUCUUGAGUGUCAAAUCUGCAUUCAGUUCACUGUUGGCUACUAAAGGUGGAGGUUUGGGAAUUGCUUUACAGCUUUCUUUGCUUUUCCAUGAUGGUUUUUGUACUCGUUGCAGAGAGAGCGCAUGGAGUCCUGCUCAGUCAUUGGUAGACAGUUCUGUAUCUCAUGAGAAACGCACCUCGCUUACGUCUUGUAUGUUUGACAAGUACAAAUGUUUAGCCAUUCCGCUCUAGAACAACUUCUGUUUUGGAUCUUUGUUUCUAUUUUAUCUUCUGGUGCUUCUUGGAGUACAUAUAUCAUUCCCCACUGGCAUGCCUCAUGCUGCAACGAUCUCCUCGUGAAAAGACUUUUUUUUUUUUUUUUUUUUUAAAUAAUGUUUUUGUUUUCUCGUAUUUCUGAACGACACUGAAAAAGCUGGACUUAGUGGAGCGCGAGGACCUGUCGGAGCUGGUUUAUUUAGUGAUGUGGAAUCUUUAUUGCUUUCAGUAAACCAAUUGUAAUCAAAUGUUUUGUAUUCUUGUUUUCAUUUGGACAAACAAGCACUGUAAUUAAAGCUAUUAGAAUAAAAUUCCAUCUAUUUCA